AUGGGCUCCUCUCUUAAAGAGGAAAGGGCAAAACUUCAAGAAGUCCGAACUGGCAUUAAUUCUGAUCAUGGCCUAGAUGAAGAAGAACUCGAAAGGCGAAAGGCUCGUGAAGUUGAGUUAGAUGAAAAUCAGAUAAUUGUUCGAGAGGCUGAAGCCAAGGGAAAUGUAGAAAGAGAAGCUCAGGUAACACUUGAAAGCACAACACACUUGUUUCCUAUGUGGACACUGCAGCGAAUUCAGAGUGAAGUUGUUGACUCUCCAAUCAAUAUUGGUUAG